AUGCCUAAGUUAGAGCAGUUUGAGAUCAAGAAGUAUUGGCAGAUUUUCUCCGGUUUGAAGCCGGUUGAGAACAAAGUAAGCCACGAUCAGGUGUUGCCCAUUCUUUACAAUUCGAAGCUGGAUUCUUCGAUAUUGAACAAGAUAUGGUUUCUUGCCGAUAUUGAUGACGAUGAUAACCUUGAUUUUGAGGAAUUUGUGAUCUGUAUGAGGUUAAUUUUUGAUAUGGUAAAUAAGAACAUUGAUUCUGUUCCUGAUGAACUCCCUGAAUGGUUAGUUCCGGGAAGCAAAGCUAAGUUGAUUAAGGAAAGACAGAAAGCUAAGCAACAAGAGAAUGCUGAGAUUCCAAGACAAGAAGUUCCAGAUGUUGACUGGUAUAUAUCACCAGAGGAUAAGACAUACUAUGAAAAGAUACUAUCCACAUGUGGACCAAUGGCGGAUGGUACUGUCACUUUUGCGGAGUUAAGCCUGGCUUUGAAGUCAAAGUUUUUCAAUAUUGGUGUAAGCGAUAUGGAAAGGACUUGGAAGUUGAUAAACCCUAGGGAUUUACCAUCCAUUGAUAGGGAUCCAGCUAUGUAUUUUAUCCAUUGCCUAAGACAACGCAAUGAUAUUGGAACAUCAAUUCCAUCAGAAUUACCACCUGCAUUGGCAGAAGUGUGCAAUAAGCAAAGAGUUGAAUAUGACCUGUCCUCUAAACAAGCCGACUUAAAGAGACUAGACACAAAGGAACCCACAAAGAAUGAUGUGACAAAACUGGGCGACGAAUUGGAUCGUUUGGAGCACAGCCUUGAGAAUUUAACCACUGGAAGUACAUCCUCAACAUUACAAGGUACAAUUAAAAUGAGUAAAGAAUCGUUAAAUCAGUUUAAGGGUUUGUUAGCAUUCAUGGAAAAUGAUUUGAACCAUCCAAACCCAGAUAGUAAUGCUAAUGUAAAAUAUGUCACAGAUGAUCUAGAUAACAUUGAUCAACAAGUACAGAUGUUAGAGACCUACUUGCAACAAAAAAGGCAAGAACUUGGAUCACUGAAGGCAGAAGUUGGUUCUACGUAG